GUGGGAGUGUCCGUGCAUGCUCCGACCUCGAGUUACGAACACAUGCCCAGGAGAUGUGGUAUUUAUAAUGCACCGUAGAGUACCGUAGGUGGACAACCAUCUGUCCCAGUCACCUAGUCAGCAUGCUUCAACUGGAUCCUUACAAAGGCAGCAGCCGCAAACUCGUCAUUGCCAUCGACAUUGGUACCACGUACAGUGGUGCCGCCUAUUGCGUCUUGGAUCCCGGCGAGAUACCACAGGUACUGAGUGUUACGCGCUUUCCGGGACAAGAGGGCGAAAAUAAAUCACGGGAUGUGAAGAUACCUUCCGUACUUUAUUACGAUCAGCAAGGCCGGCCCCGCGCCGUCGGAGCCGAAGCGACACUACAAGACACCGAGGACGAGGCAUACACACAGGAGUGGGAUCGCGUCAGAUGGUUCAAACUCCAUCUUCGUCCUCCAUCGAUCCUUCCCGGCGCAACUCUACCUCCAAUUGGGGUGAACAAAUCCAUCGUCGAGAUCUUGGCAGAUUAUCUUGCCUAUGUCUUCAGAUGCGUCAAAGACUUCAUCUCUGAGACCAACCCGACUGGUAGACAGAUUUUGGACACCGACACCCCGAUUGAUUUUGUUCUCAGUCACCCAAAUGGAUGGUCGGGCCCUCAACAAAGCAACAUGAGGCGUGCGGCUAUCCUGGCCAAGCUAGUGCCUGACGAUGAUGAAGGCACUGCAAGGCUUCAGUUCGUCACCGAAGGAGAGGCGAGCCUUCAGUUCUGUAUCGCGACUGGUCUGGGGAACGACGUCAUGCAGAAAGAUCGUUAUGUAACGAUAGUCGAUUGCGGCGGAGGUACUAUAGACCUGAGUACAUAUCGUGUACUGGACAGCCAGCCCAUUGCCGUGGAAGAGAGCGUCAUUCCCAAGUGCCUCAUUCAGGGCUCGACGAUGGUUGAUCAUCGGGCUGAAGAGCUGCUGAAGAGCAAGCUCAGACUGUCCCGCUUCUCGACCCCCGGAGAUCUACAAGUGAUGAUGUCAUACUUCGAAACCACGACAAAGCCAACCUUCAAAAACAUUUCUAGCACAUCUUACGUCAGAUUCGGAGGGCAAAGCGACACUGAUGAGAGGGUCAACAUACGACGCGGCGUUCUGUCUCUUUCAGGGCUCGAAAUGGCAUCGCUCUUCAGACCGUCCAUUGAUGCCAUCAAGUCAGCAAUUGAUAGUCAACUGUCCGGAAUAAAUGCCCAUCUUACUACGAUAUUGCUUGUCGGCGGUUUUGCAACCAGCCCUUUCUUGCGCACUGAAUUGCAGGAACACUUGAACAAGAAGGGUUUGCGAAUGUUCACCCCGGAAGGCCAAACUUCGAAGGCCGUAGUAGAAGGCGCACUAUGGUUCUAUCUCGACAAUCGCGUUCGCGCAAGAGUUGUUAGGCACACGUAUGGAUCAGAAUGUGCAACACGUUAUGAUCCUUCGUUGCCGGGACACUUCAUACGCAAACACCGAACCUACACAGGCGUUGACGGUGAUUCCCGUCUCCCGUGUUGCUUCGCCAUCCUGACGCAGAAGGGAACCUCUGUCACCGAAGAGACGGGAUUCGGCAUUUCCUGUAUCACACGCAGGCUCUUCGGCAACUUGAACACUACCGUCUCGGUCGAUGUGAUCGCCUACAGAGGCAAUAAGACUAAUCCUGAGUGGACGGAUGAGGAACCAGAGAUGUUCCACACGCUAUGCACAAUCAAAGCUGCCCCUGCACUAAGCUCAUGGGAGAAGCAUAGUGGCCCUAACGGACCAUACUGGUCGAAACGUAUUGAUGUGAUCCUGCUCCUCGGUCUGACAGAGAUGAAGGCACACCUUUCGUGGCUGGAGAAUGGCGUGAGGCGAAUCUCCCCUGCGAGUAUUAUCUACGGCGAAGAACAGUAGACGGCACAUUGCUUGACUAUGCUGGCAGUGGUCACAUCGGCGACGGAUAUAUCGGCGCAACUGAUCAGCAAUUCGUAGGCGA